AUGGCUUUCUCCAAAAUCUCAAUAGUUAUGCUCCUCAAACGGAUAACCCAAAUCCUCAGCAACAGCUACAAAUUUAGCCUGGCCAUGGUUUCCAUCUGGGGAAUUUUCUCAUUUUUAUCACUGGCAUUUCAGUGUCAACUACCAAAACCUUGGGUUUUUGUGCCAUCACAAUGUAAUACUCAUGGGCUUCUACAGUAUCCUGUCAUCAUACUUAAUGUUCUCACGGAUGGAAUCCUUGCCACGAGUAUGCUACCUACCAUUUGGAAACUUCAACUACGGAGGAAUUUAAGGGUGACAGUUAUGAUUCUGUUUGGGAUUAGGUUGCUGGUUUCACUUAUCGGAAUUGGUGACCUGGUGGCCAUGAUCAAUUCCAUCAACGACCCUGAUCAGACAUGGGCAUACCUAACAAGAUCGGUAUGGUUAAUGCUUGUAACCCACAGUUCGGUGAUCACUGCAACAAUUCCGCGAACCCACUCCUUCUGGGCUUCUCUUCAAUCCGGGAAAGCGGCAACAGCAAUUACAGACGAAGAAUUCGAGCUCUCUGGUAGUAGCCACGUCUCCCAAUCCCACGCCAAAAUAUCGUCCUCUCGAGGACCCUUCUCGAGAUUGGUAUACAAAUCGAACAGAGGAGGUGAUGGAAAGGGAACCAGUAGCCAAACCAAUGACGAGCCACGUGUUGGCCGGAAUCGUGACAAUAGUGGUGGCGAAGAAGGCAAUCUGAGGCUUGUGCCGCAGCAUCAAGCGAAUCUGAGUACGACGGUGUAUAGUGAGGGUGUUGAGAGGGAAGUAGUGAUGGGAAGAAAAGAUGAUGAUGAUACCAGCCAGAGUAGUUUGAGGCAGAGUAGUACAGCUGGAUUUGGUGUGUGGAGGGAGAGGGAAGUGGUGAUGGAGGUUGAGUAUGUUAGGAAUGAUCAUAUGUUUCAGGAAUUACACCGGUAA